GCCACCUAUAAAUGGCAUUUACCAAUGCAAAGUGGCUAUUCGAUGCUCCCAAGAUUCAUAGUACAUUACGAUUUGGAAUAUUAUCCAUACACUAUACAGAUCCUGCCAUGUCUUUUGCUCUUCUUCGAUAUCAAGUCAAACCUCGCUCUCUUCAGCAGAUCAACUUGCUCUCAAGAGCUUGCUAUCAUGGACUGCAAAAGGGUCAAUAUGACUUCUUCGUUCACCCUGCAUACCCCGAUACCACUGAACCGCCCAUUUUUGUCCUAGACAAGAAAGCACGCGUGAUGAAAUGGGACGAAACCAAUGCUACAUUGAGUGAAGCCUCGGUUAAGGCUGACCAGGAGUUUAACAACCAACCGAGGAAGGUCCGAGUAACAGAGAAGAUCACUGAAUUUGAGAAGAACAAGGAGCCAGAAUUGGAUGAAAUGUAGCCAAAUUGUUUUUGGGGUGAUAUAGGUGCUCGGCAAAUUGUAUUUCAGUAUUCCUUGAACCUGAAAAGGUUUUUAGGACAGGAU